AAGGCCAUGGCGUUAGCAUGCAGCUCGAUAAGCUCGGCCGUGGAAAUAAACAUACGGGCCGUCACUUAAGAUGCAUCCCUUCGCCUGAUGUUCUUCGUCAUCACUCUCGUUAUUCUUCCUAUCGAGCGAACCUUGCCGCUCUUUGCUAGCUCUAUACCAACCACAUAAUGGAAAUCUCUCGAGAGGAGUCAAUACCGCCUAGUGCACAGCAACUAGCAGGAAAGGAGCCGGAAGUAAAAGAUGCCGAGAAAGAACAGAAUCAUAAUGCGCUUCAGCGCCAGGUCUCCGGCCCACCAUAUUCGAUCUUUGGUCCAGGAACGAAGAUGUGGAUCAUCUGCCUCGUUUCCAUUUCAGCGUUGAUAUCGCCUCUCGGCGCUACCACAUUUUAUCCAGCUUUGAACGUACUGUCCGACGUCCUUCAUAUCUCUCCAACCUUGAUAAACGUGUCGGUGUCGACGUACAUGAUCGCGCAAGCCAUAGCACCAGCCCUCAUCGCUGGCAUGUCCGACACGAGCGGGCGCCGACUCUCUUUUAUCGCGUGCUUUGUCAUCUUCAUCAUCGCAAAUAUUGGGCUUGCGCUUCAGACUAAUUACGUAGCCCUCCUCCUAUUGCGAUGCUUGCAAGCCUUCGGUUGUAGCGCGGCGAUCGCGCUUUCUAUCGCUGUCGUGGCCGACAUUGCAACAUCCGCGGAGAGGGGGAAGUACAUGGGGUACGCCACCUCUGGGAUUCUAUUCGGUCCUGCAUUUGGACCUAUGAUAGGCGGUGUGCUUGCUCAGUAUCUCGGCUGGCGAUCCAUUUUCUGGUUCCUUGCCAUCUUCGCAGGAGUUCUUUUCGUCCUCUUCGUCUUUUUAUUCCCUGAAACGUGCCGGGCCGUGGUAGGCAACGGAUCGAUUCCCGCAAAAGGCGUAAACAGAUCGGUACUUAGCUACCUCCUGGAGCGCAAACACCCCAUACAAAAUGAACCCAACGAACUGGAACAAGUCGCUCGGGCAUCUAGAACGCGCAAGUUUACAUUCCCGAAUCCUCUCAGCACGCUGCGCAUUCUCGGGGAGAAAGAGUCCUGCAUCGUCCUCCUCUACAAUGGCCUCUUCUUCACUGGCAUGAUGAUCACUUCGGUGGCCAUUCCUGACCUGUUCGAGCAGGCAUACGACCUCGAUGAGCUGAAGAUAGGUCUUUGUUAUAUUGCGAUGGGAACCGGUUGCUUAAUAUCGGCGCUCACGAUGGGGCACCUCGUCGACUGGAACUUUCGGCGCCAUGCCGCGCUCAUCAAUAUGCCCCUCACAAAAGGCAGGCAGCAAGAUCUUAGAAACUACCCUCUAGAACAAGCACGGUUGGAGGUAGUGGCACCAGGUCACGUGAUUGGCACACUAGGAUUAGUAGCUUUUGGGUGGACAGUGAAGUUCCGGACGCAUAUUGCCGGCCCAGAAAUCGCGCUCUUCAUCAUUGGCUUCGGGGUAUCGACUGCGUUCAACACUUCGAACACGUUGCUCAUCGACCUCCAUCGGGGCCAGCCUGCUACAGCUACUGCGGCAGUAAAUUUUGUUCGGUGCCUUAUGAGCGCCGGAGGGUGCGCGGCGAUUAUUCCGAUGUGCCAAACUAUGAAUCCUGGAUGGGCAUUUACUUUCAUCGCCCUCGUAUAUUCGGUACUGAUUAUUGUCGUCUUUUGGAUUAUGAAGAGUGGGAUGGAAUGGAGGCACGAGGCGGAGCGAAAGAAGAGCGAAAAGGCAGAAAGGAAAAGAGCUGAACAAAGGUUGAAGGAUAUUGAAUCCGCAUCCUGACCAUCUACUUCUCUAAUAUGGAAUGAGGAGCGGAUCACGGGCCCCACCGGCGUUUGCGGCCAGGGAAUAUGAAGUCAAUACAUAUCCCACCCGCCAUCACUCUCUUGCAUUCUUGCCAGGUUCUGUCAUUUCG